AUGGCCACUACCGUGAAGAAAAAGGCGGUGUAUGUUCGAGGUCCUAACAACAUCUACCGAAAGAAAUCCUAUGAUGCCCCCUCUAUUGCCUCUACCGAUUCUGUUGAGUUGACUCGCCGGAAGGGUGAAGUGGACUCGGCCUUGAACGAUUUGAUGGUUUGUGGUUUCCAAGUUCACGAAGACCCUGUUACGAAAAAGGCUAAUAUGAAAACAAAGCGACCCUCGGCAUCAAGUGCUGACAUCCCAACCAGACUCACUCCUGAACGGCCUCCUUCUCCACGAAUCUCUUUCAAGAGAUCAUACUCAGAUCUCCCGAAAGCUCUGGAAUCUUCCUGGAUGGAUAAGGUUAAACAGUUGAAUAGCCGCAUUCUACCCCAGUCUGCUGGUGAUUUUGUGUUACCCUAUAUUUUGGGGGUGCUAACGGCAGUUAUUAUCCAGCAGAAAUGGGACCUCUUAACUCGUUAUGCUAGAUUGGUAACCCACUUGUUAUUUAUCGGUAUUUUUUGGGCCGUUCUAGCUGCCGGUGCCUUCUGGUACCUGGGUAUGCUUAACGUUUCCAGUCUAGGGGAUAUCAAAAACACCUUCGCAGGCUUGUUCGGUCUGGGAGGUAUAUCAGCAUCAUCUAAUCUGCCAGUUAAUUAUCAUUAUGAAAGACGAGGCAGAAGAUCAAGCAGCUUGGACGAUGCUGCUGAUACAGAAUCCAUCUUGCUGUCUGAGGCAGAGUCGGAAUACGACCCUAAAACAAAAAUGAGAACUGAAUCAGAGCCUCUCCUUGUUCGUGAUCCAUCUCCCCAAAAAUUGACUAAUGUACGUCCAUUUGUCCCUCCUCCUAGAAGGGACAGUGCUGACUCAAAAUUGUCUCACGUUCCUCAACCUCCAUUAAGUCGUCUCCACACUGCCGACGGACUGGGAGUUACCAGAAAGAGCCGCUUCCGUUUAGGCCUGCCCGAACGUGAGAAGUACAAAGAUCCCAGAAGGCAUUCAUCAGCUUCUCUAGAGCUUUCUUCCAAGGAUCGGCAGAAGCCAUUGCCGUCUUUGAAUAAAGCUGCUCAAAGAAACUCUGAUUCGAAUGGUCUGGAUUUGCCCUUAGUCCACGAGAUUAAACUCAAGAGCAGAUUUGACCAGCAGCUUCAAGCGUUGGAGAAUGAUGGCCCUGGCUUAGGUCGCCUGGACACUAUGUUCAGUAAGCAAUCUAUGUUGGGUACCAGAGCUAACAAGAGAACUUUCUUGUCUAAUGUUGAUGAAACUUAA